AUGCCGCAAGCCAACAGAUAUCGCUGGCAUAUGGCUGCCGUCGACGGAGGCGAGAUUAUCCAGUUCGUGCAGGAGCAUAUGAUGCAGGGUCUUCUUCAACACAAGCAAGGCCGACGGCAGUCUCACGAGAACAUCCGACCUUGUACUCACCUCUUAGUGAAUUGUGGGCUACAUUUCGGCACGCACGUUACAGUGACUGUCAAACACGUUGAGGUCACUAGUGCUCAGGGCGUGACUGUUAGCGACAUCUUCGAAGCUAUUCUCGGAGUCCGCAACAAGUUGAUCCACGUUGCGGGCGGUGGGCAUGUCUACUUCGUGAGGCAUGUCGAGGCAGGAAAGGGUGCAUAUUCGGUGGCGGAGGUCCCUCCAUACGACCAGCUCGUGGCGGAGACUAUUCAGCAGUUCGAAGACGAGUACCAGACCGAGGCAAACGUUGAAUACCUUAAUUUUGUCUUGAUCGGUACUGUCACCCCAACUGAGGAGGACAUCUUGGCCGUUGAGACAGACCCGCGUUUCGCGUUGCCCUCCUAG